AUGGUGCAGAUCGUAUCCCAGAUGCAAUACCUGAUGGAAAAUUCAAAUCAGCCAACUGGCCAAAACAUGAUUGUUAAUGAUUGCCUUAAAAAAGUUCUCGAGCGUCUUGAUGUAGUUGAGAAGAUGGCGGAGAUGGAGCAGAUGAAUAAAGGGAAAUCUCUGGACACGAUGGGCAAGAAUAUCUCAAACAUGCAUCCUGUCUUGAAGACAAUCAUUCACCCGAUUUUCUUCCAGUUGUGCAGCGUAGAAGUGUCACUCAACAAAGCAAUAGAACCAUGUGAGCAAAAGGAGGAUGGCCCCAAAGUAUGGUACCUGAAUUGGUUAGGCAAAAUUGAUUUGAAGGUCAAUGCACCAUUCAUUCAAGCUGUUGUGGAUUGUGUUUGGAAUGAUGAAAUGACAAUUCGUGCUAAUUCAUCUGGCCAAGGUGAGAUACCGGACCAAGCUUUUACCAGGCCCAUUAUCACCAACAUGCAUAAACUUGAGAAGGUGAAAGAACACAAGGAUCAUGGACAUCAUCGCUCUCAUCAUCAAAAUGUAACUAAAUCCAGGCAAAAAGCUGCCAUCAAAUUUGAGGAAGAGACUGGCAGUCAUGGGGCCGUUGCCAUGAUUGAUACCAAUUUUGCCUCUGACAUCCUCUCAUGCAGUGAAUCUGACUUGUCAGAUGAUUCCAAGAUGUGCCAACAGGAGGUGGGAGUGGGAAAGACUGCCAACAGGGUUGUUGGAUUUCAAUGGUGA